ACUUAGAGUUUAACUACAAUUUGUGUCAAACAAACUGAUUGUAUAUUUUGUUUGAUAUUAUUAUUAUUAUUAGUCAAACAUUUUAUAGUCAAUCAAUCAAUCAAUUGAUAACCAGUUUUAUUGGUCUAUCAUUGGAUCACUUGAUAUAUCACUCAAAUAAUUGUGAUUCAAAUCACUUGAUAUUUGUUUGACAAUACAGACAAAAAAAUAAUGAAUUGAUUGAGUUGUUUGAUAUAUCACUUCCAGAGUGUCUUCAAAAGCUUUAGAGUUGUGUUUUUAAGAGGUCUUUCCACAGAUUUUUUUUUGGUCCAUCAUUUGGUUUGUGACCACAAGACUCGUUUGACAUCCUUCUCAUGAUUGCCACAGAGAUGACCACUCAAAUGGAUACGACAACGACAACAACAAUUGGCAACAGAAUCGAAGAGAAUAUCAUUAAUAUCAUCAAAACCGACAAAUGUCUUGAUUCGGAUCUAUUUAUAAAACGAAAUGAAAUACAAAUCCAUCUCAAACUCUACAACUCUAUAGAUAUUACAUCCCGUAGUCUGAAGUCAUCGGCCGUCAGACUACGGGUAUCGAUGUAUCAGAUGUUGCCGAAAGAUGCCGAAGCCUCUAACGAUGGAUCAAAUUUUGGUCUCCAAUUGACGCCAAUCGAGUUGUCCGUUCAGAACGACAAGGAAUCGCUGUUUGCACCGCAGGAACCGUUCGGACGUCUGUAUUCACCGAAAGAAUAUCUGAUAUAUCGGACAAAAUUUACCGAAAUGGACGAAGUGGCGUUCACAAUUGAACUCUUGACCGACGAUUCCGAUCCGAAACGGAUUGCAUUUUGCAAUCUGUUUGCCUCGCAUUUGAAGGACACUAAUGGAGUCAUAUCGAUGUCAUUUAAUACCGAAAACGGCAAAAUUGUCGCUCAAUUGCACUUUGAAUAUCUGAUUAUGAAUCCGAUUAAGUGUACCGAAGAUUUUCACGAAAAAGUAUCGGUCGAGAGUUGGCUGACACACGCCAAGGGCUACGAUGUUGGCCAUCGGGGCGCCGGUAUUGCCCGUCGGACCGAUCGUAUUGAGAAUAUUCUGGAGAAUACUAUCGCUUCAUUCAAUUUUGCAAGUCUUCACGGCGCCGACAUGGUUGAGCUGGAUGUCCAACUAUCCAAAGAUAAGAUACCUAUCGUUUACCACGACUUUAAUGUCAAUAUUAUAAUGAAAAAUAAACGUACAAAACUGGACUCAGGAAGACCAUCGACAGAAGUACAUACAAUGGCUAUUAAAGAUCUGACAUUCAGUCAACUACAGAGUCUUCAGUCUAUGCCUGUCAUUAAAGAAAAUAAAGUUUACUACGAUUUUGGUGACGAAGACCAGAGCGAAGAGCACCUACCGUUUGCUAGUCUUCAGAAGGUCUUGGAAAUGGUUGAUCCAAAAUGUGGUGCAAACGUUGAGAUUAAAUAUCCUCAAGAAAAAGUCUGCGGUCAAUGGGAGGCGGAUAAGACAUUUGAUUUGAACGAAUACGUGGACAUAAUAUUGUCGAUUGUCUUCGAGUUUGGCGGCGCUCGCAAUAUAAUGUUUUCAUCGUUUCAUCCGGAUAUCUGUGCCCUGCUCAAAUACAAACAAACCCGAUAUCCGGUACUAUUCCUAACACAGGGACUGACCGCAAAAUGGCCGCCAUUUAAAGAUUACCGUGGUAGUUCUAUUGAAAUGGCCGCAUAUUUUGCCCAAUGUGUAGGCCUGGAGGGUGUCAAUGUUCACGCAGAAGAUAUCAUCAAAGAUCGAUCACUAAUCGGUUUUGUCAAAUCAAAGAAUUUGAUUCUGUUCUGUUGGGGCGAUGAUCUCAAUGAUACCAAACUCAUAUCGGAGCUCAAAGGACAGGGUGUCGAUGGUGUCAUUUAUGAUCGAAUCGACAUUCUUUGCGCUAAAGGUUUUUCAAACUCCAAGUAAAUUGAAAUCAUCGGAAAAAAUAUUACCGUAAACUCUAAAAUUGUUGGUCACAUUGGUUUACUAAUUGGUUUAUUGUUUAAUAUAUAUAUAUAGAAU